CCGACAACUCGUCGAUGUUGCAGCAUCAUCUAAUCAGUUCUCCAUUGAAGCAACCUGCCGCUUCUUCUAAUCCUAUCGAUUCCAACGCUGUUGCGCAGAGGCUGCAAAAGGAAUUAAUGUCACUGAUGAGUGGGGACUGGUUUGGUGAUCAAUAUGGCAACAUUUGGAAAAUAUGUAAUUUUUAUCGUAGCACCAUGGUCCCAUCCACAAUCCUUGAUCUUUUUUUAGAACGUGUAGUUUGUCCCGACCUCGAAUCUUUGAACUUUCACAUUCUGUUUUGCAGAUGCUAUGCUUCUUAAUAUCAUGUAUGCACAAUAAUUAGGCAAAUGAUGGCUUCUGGGAUUUCAACUUUGUAUUUCUUCGUAUUGGAUCAUGCUGAAUAUCUGUUUCUACUCUGUCUUGUUAUGCCAUAAUAAUGUGUUAACUUUACUAGGUUUGUUGUCUUCUAGAAAGUUAAAUGGGGUUUUGCAGCCAUGAGAUGGUUACAAAUUGCCUGCCUUCUGGAUUGUUCAUUAACCAUAUUUGUUUGGUGAUGCUCUCUACCAUAGAUGAGUGGAGGUGAUCUAGGAGUAUCGGCUUUUCCAGAUGGUGAGAGCAUUUUCACAUGGAUAGGCACGAUUGAGGGUGGGAAAGGGACUACAUACGAGGGUUUGUCUUACAAACUCUCCUUACAUUUUCCCAUGGAGUACCCUUUCAAGCCACCCCUUGUUAAGUUUGAGACGAUGUGCUUCCAUCCAAAUGUUGAUCAAUAUGGUAACAUUUGUCUCGAUAUUCUCCAGGACAAGUGGUCUUCGGCUUAUGAUUGCAGAACCAUUCUUUUGUCUAUCCAAAGCCUAUUAGGAGAGCCCAAUCCAGAGAGUCCUCUCAAUAGCUAUGCUGCUGCUCUGUGGAAUAACAAGGAAGAUUACAGAAAGAUGGUCCACAAACAGUAUUUUUCUGGGGCAGUCUUAGACGGCUGAUUUCGGAAAGCCUAAGUAGAGAACAAAACAUUGGACACCAUAUCGUGAGUUGGCAUACAAAUACUGUAAAGCUUCGAGAUAAAAAGGUCUGAGACCUUAUAACAUAGAGAGAAAAAGAGAGAUUAUAGUAAGAUUUGAACUGGAUAUUUGUACCAUUUGAUCUGGCCAUGACUGCUAUAUUGGGAGAAUGAAUUUUACGUGUUAACCUCUAUGGCUAAUUCCACUCCUCUGUAAUUAAUUGCUGGGUACCAUUAUAUCUGGCCACGACUGCAAUAUUUGGAGAAUGAAUUUUGUCUUAA